AUGCAACCGACAGUUUUUUCAUCACCUUAUGAUAACUAUACAAACAAUUACAAUGAUCGUCGUCACCAAUCUAGCACUCAACAGAAUUUUAUGUCUGAUCAAGAACGUAUGGCAAAAUUUCAACAGUUUAUUCGUCGUUAUAAAAUCAAUGCUACCUUUGCUUCAAAGUUACGUGGUUUAGAUGGUUAUGAAAUUGUUUUUAUUUGCGACGAUUCAAGUUCAAUGAAUACAGAACUUAGUGAUGUUUCUGGACCAUAUAAAAAGGCGCCAACUCGUUGGAAUGAGCUGAAACAAACAGUAUCAAUUGUUGUUGAUUUAGCUAGUACACUUGAUCCAGAUGGUUUAGAUGUUUAUUUUCUUAAUCGUCAACCAAUGUAUAAUGUACAGAGUUCAGAAGAGUUGACUAAUAUAAUUAUUUCAGGUCCAACACCAAUAGUUCGAGUUCUUCGACAAGUUCUUAAAGAUAAAAGAAACGAAAUUCAACAACGUAAAUUACUUAUUCUCUUAGCUACUGAUGGAGUACCAACAGAUGAUAAUGGUCAACCAAGAAUUGAUGGAUUACGACAAUUUUUGUUAUAUGAACGCAAGCCUAUAGAUCGAAUACCAGUUACAAUUAUUGCUUGUACAGAUGAUGAUGAAUGUAUGUCAUAUUUAAAUAAUUGGGAUAAAGAUAUUCCAAAUCUUGAUGUUGUUGAUGAUUAUCGAAAUGAAAAAAAAGAAAUUCUUUCAUACCAAGGAAAAUCAUUUCCAUUCAGUUAUGGUGAUUAUGUUGUGAAAAUUCUUAUGGGCGGUAUAGAUCCUUGGUUCGAUUUAUUGGAUGAAAGAAAAAUAUCAACAGAUGAAUAUGAACGAUCUUCACCACGAAUAACAAUAAAUAAUAAUUUUUAA